UGGUGCACAAUCUGCAGAGAGGCCUGUUUGUGUCUGAACGACCUUGAGAAAAACAUGGCAGCGUCUGGAGAAGAUCUUGAUGCAAACAGCACUUAUGACUAUAACUACGAUUAUUCUGAUGAGAUCUGCAACAAGACAGAGCUUAUCAAAUUUGGAGCAGUCUUAACUCCAGUUUUCUUCUGGAUCGUGAUCAUGUUGAGCCUUCUGGGUAACACCCUGGUUUUGGUGAUCCUGAUAAAGUAUGAAAAUCUUAAAUCACUCACCAACAUUUUCAUCUUCAACUUGGCUCUAUCUGACUUGAUUUUUACCUUUGGACUCCCGUUCUGGGCUUCCUACCACAUAUCUGGAUGGACAUUUGGAAAUGUGACUUGCAGUGCUGUAAGUUUCAUCUUCUACACUGGGUUUUACAGCAGUAUAAUGUUCCUGACCAUAAUGACCAUCCAUCGCUGCCUGGCUGUAGUUCGGCCACUGUCUGACCUUGGAUCAACAAGAGUCUGCUAUGGUUUUGUGUCUUCUGUCAUCAUUUGGAAUGUGAGUUUCUUAGCUGCAGCACCAGCACUUACAUUUGUCACAGUGGAAAAAAAUCGUGACACAAUGUAUUGUGAAUUUACAGACAAAAACUGGAAAAUAGGUUCAAUUUACGAACAAAAUGUAUGCUUCAUACUUUCACUGUCAAUAAUUAGUUUCUGCUAUAUUGUAAUACUUUUGAAACUACUUCGAUCAAGAUCACAUACAAGGUACAGAACAGUAAAGCUAAUCUUCACUAUUGUGGUUGUAUUUUUCUUGGGGUGGGCACCAUACAACGUGGUCAUCUUUCUGAAAUCUCUGACUGAUAUUGGGGGUAUCCCUCCCUUUAACGACUGUGCUGUUAGUAAAGGUGUAGAUUAUGCAUUUUAUGUUUGUCGACUGAUUGCUUUCUCCCACUGCUGCCUGAACCCAGUGUUUUAUGUCUUUGUGGGAGUGAAGUUCAGGAACCAUCUGAAGAAGAUGUUAAAGAAACUUUGGUUGCGUCAAAACAGUCUGGACAACUCACAACGCAACAGCAGGGUUAUACAUUCCAGUGGGGAGGAGCUUUCGAUAUAUUAAUACAUUUUAACUGGUCUAUGCAAAUUGAAGCAUAUAAACAUUAAAUUUACUUGAUCAUAGCAAAGUAAAUGACUUACAUAAGUAGGGCAUGUGUUAUCUUCCUAUGCAAAUCUCCAAAAUCUCUGUAGCGCUGCGUUUCACCCCUCUUGAAUGGCCCCA